ACACAAGCUGCUAGCUAGUUACGCAGUAGCAUUAUCGCGUCGGGCAGCUAGUGAAACAUUGGACCAAUGCCUUAGAAAAACACCUUUUUCUUCACCUCCCUCCGAUAAAAUGAAUGUUGUCCUUUGAUUCUAACGGACUCUGUUCGAUAUAAAUAAACGCUAAACACCGACGUUAGUUGCAGACUGCCCUUUUUUAAUUUUCAGCGGCAGCAUUUUCCGCGUCUGGCCGAACGAGCUAACCAGCUAACCGAAGAUAGCCUGUUAGCAUGUUAGCAUCGCCUGUGAUGGAGAGCGAUUCGAUAAUGGAAGCUUAGACUCUGCAUGGCGACGGACGGGCCUCAGCGGGAGUGAGCAGCCAAUCAGAGCAGUCCAUUGGUAGCAACAUGGCGUCCCGUCAGAGGAACUCUGUGCGGAUCCUGUCGAGCCGGGAGCGCGGCUCACAGACGUUCGGCUCUCAGAGGCUCCUGCAGCUGCUGGUGGAGGAGAAAGUCCGCUGGAUGAAGUGGCAGAGUCAGAAAGUGGAGCUGCCAGACAGCCCUCGCUCAACCUUCCUGCUGGCGUUCAGCCCCGACAGGACCCUCAUGGCUUCCACACACGUCAACCACAACAUUUACAUAACGGAGGUGAAGACUGGAAAGUGCCUACAUUCCCUCGUGGGCCACCGUAGAACCCCCUGGUGUGUAACCUUUCACCCCACCAUCCCCGGCCUGGUGGCCUCCGGGUGCCUUGACGGUGAAGUCCGAAUCUGGGACCUACAUGGCGGCAGUGAGAGCUGGUUCACGGAGAGUAAUGUAGCCAUCGCCUCGCUGGCCUUCCACCCGACCGCUCAGCUGCUCCUCAUCGCCACCAACAACGAGCUGCACUUCUGGGACUGGAGCCGACCGGAGCCCUUCGCCGUGGUCAAGACUGGCAGCGACACUGAAAGAGUCCGGUUGGUGAGGUUUGAUCCUCUCGGUCACAACCUGCUGACGGCAAUCGUGAAUCCCUCCAAUCAGCAGAACGAGGAGGACUCCGAGGUCCCCAUGGACAGCGUGGAGAUGCCGCACUUCCGUCAGCGCUCCUUCCUGCCCUCACAGCCGGUCCGCCGCACGCCCAUCCUCCACAACUUCCUGCACAUCCUGUCGUCUCGCUCCCCGGGGGCUCAGACAGGAGGGGAGCAGCCACGCCCCCUCGGUGAUAGCGGAGGCAGUGUGGGGGAAUCUCCCAGCAUGCCUCUGACUCAGUACCCUGGCUCUGACCGCGGGCCUCCCUUCCCUGGCUGCACCCAGCACCUUGGCAUGGUGUGUCUUUGCAGCCGCUGUUCUGUCAAUCGUAACCCCUCCCUCUCUGUGAACACCGCCCCUCCUGAAGUUCCGCCUCCCCCCUCAGCCUCCACCUUCUCCUCAGCCCGCACAGAGCCCAGACAGCCGUCAGAGCGCCCCUCCGCCUUCACAUCAGUCUACUACAGCGCAGGCUCUUCUAUCAGCACCACGGCCCCUAGUAUGGAGCACACACCGCCCCCCAGACCCGGACCAGACUGGACCCGCAACCUGCUCAGUAUGAGGGAGGGAGGGGUGGGUCCAGGUAUGCUGCCUCCAAGAACCUCCUCCUCCUCCAUUAGCCUCCUGUCUGUGCUUCGCCAGCAGGACGGCUCCUCUCAGUCCCCCGUCUACACCUCCGCUUCCGAGGGGCGGGGCUUCCCUCAGCCAGGAGAGUCUGGGGGGCGAGAUGGAGCUGGAACGAGCAGCGGGCACCACCCGUUCUGGGAUGGCUCACGUGGUAACACGGCGUCUUUCCGCAACGUUCUGCAGUGCAACCUGAGCCGCUACUUCAUGGAGUUCGACCGCAUGCAGGACCUGGAGCCGCCUUUAGGUGGCGCCAUGGGGGAGGGUGGUCAGGAGCAGAGCCAAGAACUGCUGAACAAUAACAUGGACCCUGACAGACCUGGGCCUUCAUCCUCCUCCUCCUCAAACCCCACCAUCAUCCACUACCAGCCCCCCCUUCCUCCACCCCCCUCCUCCCACAGCCUGGAGAACAACGUCCCUCCCCCCGCUUCCCGGGGUCACCUGAAUCGUUGCCGGGCCUGCCACAACCUGCUCACCUUCAACCACGACUCUCAGCGCUGGGAACGCACCAACCAGGCCUCUUCCACCUCCGCCUCUGGCCUGGAGCCCUCCUCUUCUUCCUCCUCCUUCCCCCCAUCUGCACCUCCAUGGCAACCAGAGGAGAGCAGGAGAACACUAGAAGCCCCUCCCACUGAGAGGAGGGGGCCUCCGGAGCCCAGCGAGCAGCCGCCGCCGCCCCCUGGAGCAGGACCAGUGGCCUUCCCAAUCGCUCCGACCCCCAGCCAGUCCGGGGAGCAGACGGUGGGUCUGGUGUACAACCAGGACACAGCACAGUGGGAGCGGGUGUACCGACAGGCCGCGGCAGGGAGGACGGUCGAGCCACCGGAGGCCUUAAGCCAAGAAAUGCCUGUUGACCCCCCCGACGAGGACUCGCUCAGGAGGCGACUGUUGGAGUCGUCUCUAUUAUCGCUGUCUCGCUACGACAUGUCAGGAUCCAGAGACCAUCCCAUCUACCCUGACCCAGCCAGACUGUCUCCAGCUGCUUACUACGCUCAGAGGAUGAUCCAGUACCUGUCGAGGAGGGACAGCAUCCGCCAGCGCUCUCUCCGCUACCAGCAGAACCGUCUGCGGGCCAUGUCAUCUUCAUCGGACAGCCCCACCAGCAACCCGUCCAACUCCAUGGACAACAGCGACGUGGACUUUGAGGAGCUGGAUGAUAACGGAGACAGAGCGAGACAUAGGACUCCUCGUAACGCUAGAAUGUCUGCGCCCUCUCUGGGCCGCUUUGUCCCGCGGCGGUUCCUUCUCCCCGAGUACCUCCCCUACGCUGGAAUCUUCCACGAGAGAGGGCAGCCCGGCCUGGCCACACACUCCUCAGUCAACAGAGUGCUUGCUGGUGCAUCUAUCGGGGACGGUCAGUCUGCGGUGGCCAGUAACAUCGCUAACACCACAUACCGCCUGCAGUGGUGGGACUUCACCAAAUUCGACCUGCCUGAGAUCAGCAACGCUUCAGUCAACGUUCUGGUGCCAAACUGUAAAAUCUACAACGACGCGAGCUGUGACAUCUCUGCAGACGGUCAGCUGCUGGCAGUCUUCAUUCCCAGCAGCCAGCGGGGUUUUCCAGACGAGGGCAUCCUGGCCAUCUACUCUCUGGCUCCACACAACCUGGGAGAGAUGCUCUACACUAAGAGAUUCGGACCAAAUGCCAUUUCGGUCAGUUUGUCUCCCAUGGGCUGCUACGUCAUGGUCGGCCUGGCCUCUCGCAGGAUCCUGCUGCAUCCCACCACCGACCACAUGGUGGCGCAAGUCUUCCGCCUGCAGCAACCUCACGGAGGAGAGACAUCCAUCAGGAUGGUGUUCAAUGUGGUCUACCCAAUGGCUCCAGACCAGCGGCGCCACGUCAGCAUCAACUCGGCUCGCUGGCUUCCUGACCCGGGGAUGGGUCUGGCUUAUGGGACCAACAAAGGAGACCUGGUCAUCUGCCGGCCUGUGUUCUAUCGCAGCGAUGGUGAGAGCCCUGCAGAGUCAAGCAGUGAACCUUUAUUCUCCGUCAACAACAGUGGGACGAGUCGGACCCGAGGUUCAGACAGACCGGGGCCGAAUCGCUCCGGUUGGAGGCUGGACAGAGACAUGGGUUUGAUGAACGCCAUUGGUCUUCAGCCCAGACACCCCACCCCUUCAGUGACAUCACAAGGAACCCAGACGCCAAUCAUCCAGCUGCAGAACGCCGAGACCCAAACGGAGAGGGACCUAUCAGAGCCCAGCGUCUCCCAGCCGCCACCCAACGUCCCUCCUGAAACUCCGUCCACCAGUGGAGCGGCGUCGGGGCAGGUGGAGGCGUCUCAGAGCGCUGGAGCUGCAGACGGAGCAGUGGGUGAAGCUUCAGCAGAGUCCAACACGUCCACAGGGAGUACUGCAGAGUCUCCGGAGUUUGGCACGGGCGAGGACGCUCUGGCUCGGAUCCGUCGGCUGAUGGCAGAGGGCGGGAUGACGGCGGUGGUGCAGCGUGAGCAGAGCACCACGAUGGCGUCGAUGGGCGGCUUCGGGAACAACAUCAUCGUCAGCCACCGCAUCCACCGCGGCUCUCAGACCGGCAUUGGUGCCUCCAGGCCGUCAACUGACCCCUCCCUGAGCUCCCCCUCCACCUCCACCUCAGGUCCUCUCCUUGUCCCCCCUCCCCAGCCCCGUCCCCUCUCUGAGCAGCUGUGGGGCCCCCCACCGCCCGGCCUCUCUCUGGACAUGGACGACGUGUUUGAUAGUGGGCGAACAGAUGAUGACUCCUUGCCCGGUCCUUCCUCUUCUUCCCUGCUGAUGUCUUCCCCCUCUUCCUCCUCCUCCUCUUCUCGCAGCCCCCUUCCCAGCGUCAGCGGGGGAGGCGGGGUCAGCCCCCCUGACAGUUACCGGGGGGACCCAUACAGCAGGUAGUUCUCCUGUUGUCAGGAGAGGCAGAAGGGCGCUCCUUGAAGCCUUAUCUCACAAAGAUAUGGGUGCUGCUUUGACUAUUCACAUGGUCUCCUGCCUGGAAAAUAAGGGACACAAGAGCCCCGCCUCCCCCCUCCUCCCCUCUUGGAGCAUCAGCGGCAUGGUGUGUACUUCCUCUGCACUUAAAGAAACCUGGACUGAAGCUGAACCGCCAUCAUUCCUUGCCUACUUGAACGGAGGCCGGUCGGCGCCGCGCUCUCUCUGGGAAAAAAAAAAGAUGGUAGACAAAGUGCCAUGUCUGAGGAGGGGUGUGUGUGUGUGUGUGUAUGUGCGUAUGUGCGCGUGCGUGUGUGCGCGCUCUAUCUCACACACACUUUACUCCAGCGUGCUGCGUUCGGUGCCAUGUGAUGUUGAACUUUGAUGUGAUUGAAGUGUGUAAAAGUCAGCACUACUUUUAUUUUGAAGCCUGUUUUUGUACCCUGUGUAAUUAUCAUGUUUGAACCCUGAGACUGGACCCAGACUCGGAUCAUGACCUACAGAUCAUGGAGGAAGUUACUGCGCCCCUCCCCCCCCUCGUGGCGUAAGAAUCAUGGCUGAACAGACUCCACAGACUGAACGUCCUGCAUGUCUUUAACGCUGCAGAUCUUCAGAGACGCUGAUUAUUUUUAUUUUGAAAGGCUGGAGAGGAGAAGAACAGUUUCCUGUUUAGGGGGGCAUGGGGGGUUGGACGGUGAAGUGGGGGGGGGGAACACAUCAUGCUCUACUUCAAACACCCCAUCCCCUCCCCCACCCCCUCUAAAACCGACCAGUUGCACUAUGGAGAGUUUGGUGCUAGGACAGAGAGUGUGUGUGCGUGCGUGCGUGCGUGCGUGCGUGUGCGUGUGCGCGUGCGCCUGCGUUUGUGUGUUCGAUCACUGAAACAAACAUUCAAAGGUGGUGAGCGUCACAUUUCCUGCUUUUCAUCCGUGUGAGGUGACAUUUCGAGCUAUGAAAAAACAAAUAUUCCGCAGAUUUUCUUUUUCUUUUUUAAUUAAUCAUUGAAAAUACUGUAUGAUUUCACAAACAACCUUUGAAAGUACAGACUGCUGAUAAAUAUGGACACGUCCUCCUCCCAUUGGACAGAGAUGAAGCGUUCUUUGUCGGGCACUGACAAGAAGGGAGCAGUUUCCUAACUUAGUGAUAAAAAGGGCAAAGUUCCCGCCCCUCCUCUAAUCUGAUAUUCCGGUGCUGACAGCAACGCAGGCGCCUCAUUGGUCAACAGAGCUGUCAAUCAUAUCUCAGAAAGAAGAGCGUUGACCGCAGCUAUCACGACCAAACCACGCGUUUGUAUUUAAAUGUUUUACUGCUUGUACCUACACUGCAAGCUAACGGCUUGUGUUUGCAGGAAGAAUCUCCAGAAUAUUACCAGUUACAUCAUCAUGGUGUCCUCGUCGACGGAGUGUUUUUAUCCGGCCUCUUAAAUCAGCUGUUUUCUCACAGGAUGUUGGUGCAGAGCGCUCACACGGUUGUCUUAGUGUGAAAUGAGAAGUAGUGAUCUGAGCAGGUGCGUGCGUGCGUGGGUGUGUUUGUGUGUGUACACCACAGGAACUGACACCUUGAAAGUCCUGUAAGGUCCAGAACUUCUCGUUCUCUCUCUCUCUCUCCCUCCUUUUCUCACUCCCUCUCCCUGUUUCUUUGUCUCUCUCUCCCUCCCUCCCUCC